AUGUCACAAAACACGAUGACUCAAACUAAUCACAAAACUGUAUUUGUAAUUGAUCAUACUCCCUACUUCGGUAUAUCAUGUGAAGAUUUAAUGGAAUUUGACUUGAAUAAAACCAGAGGACUUAACGUAAUACCUUUGGCGCCUGUAUCUAAAUCCCUUUGGACCUGCGGUAUUGAAGCAGCCGUAGAGUAUUGUAGAAUUGUGUGGGACCUUUUUCCGGAAGGAAAACUUAUUCGUUUUAUUGCUAGCGAUUCGACUGCUCAUCAUUUUAAUUCUUGGGAGCAAAGUCAACAAAGUAUAUCCUAUAUUUUAAACAGCAGUGCUUAUUUAGGAACUCCUCCUAGAGCACAUCAGCAAGGGGAUUAUUCAGUUAUACAUGGUUUAAGAGCAGCUGUUGAAGCUCUUACUGAAUGUUCAGAAAUUCAACACAUUAAGAGAACUAGUUUAAUGGAAAAUGCAAUGAAAUUAGACAAUAAAUGUAGAGUUAUAUGCAUAACAUCCACAAGAGAUAAUGCUAGUAUGAAAAGUCUUCAAGAAAUUUUUUUGAAGGUUUUAACUCAACAAAACAAAGUAGCAACAGCAACUGAUCAUUUAAUUGCUGUUCAUCAUUGUCAUUUAGUUAUCAUCAAUAUUUUUCCAAAUAAUGCAGAAAGUAAUGUAACUAGUCAGCCGCUAAAUGAAUUAAGCCCUCUUUUAAGUGCAGAAGUACAUUCUGUGUGUGCUGGGAAAGGAUUGAAUAAUAAACUAUCUCAUCUGAUAUUGGGACAUUAUGGCUUAGCUUCUACAACAGUUACUGGUAUACCUAUGAAAGAAGAACAAAAUGCUAGUUCAAGUGCUAAUUAUGAUGUAGAAAUUUUUCAUCAUGCAAAUGCUCAUGCUGAUCUUUACAAAACUCUUGUCACCGAUCCACUUUUAAUGAAAACAAAAAAAAAUGGUACAGACUAUGAUACUGUCACAUUAAAGUGGUGCACACCCAGAGGAAGUUCUGCUCAAGAAAUGCACAAUUGUACUGCUGCAUACAGAGUUACACCGGUUGAUGUUAACAGCAGGCCUUCUUCAUGCUUAAUAAAUUUUUUGUUAAAUGGUCGCUCAGUAAUGCUGGAAAUGCCCAAGAGAGUCGGAGGUAAAACUGUUAGUCAUUUAUUAACUGCUCAUGGAGGGGAAAUUUUUAUCCAUGCUUUGGCAACUGGAAGAAGUGUUUUAGAAGAUCCACCUUCGAUUUCGGAAGGCUGUGGAGGGCGAGUUACAGAUUACAGAAUCACAGAUUUUGGACUUUUAAUGCAAAAUAAUACAUUAAUACCUUUGCAAGGAAAAUUGUCUGAAAAUAGAAGCGAUAACAUUAACUUGCCUAUUAAUUGUAUGAAAAAUAAGUUAGAUAGACAAACUAAAUAUUGGCCUAUUACAAUAUCAGGAACAUUUAUAAUGAAUUUACGUCAGUACAUAGAUCCCCUACCACAAUUACUUACUAAAGAAGAACUUACAUCAGAUGAAGUCGCUCAAUGCAAACAAGUGAUAUCUAGUUUAGCUUCUUUAGAAACCAAACAUGAACCAUUAAUACAACCCAACACUGGAGUUCGAGGAAAAGGUCAAAAGCGAGAAGAACAGUAUAAGUUAAUGUGGAACGAAUUAGAAAAAUUUGUCAGAACACAUUGUCGUUCUGAUCAACAUAAUAAAGUCCUUCAUUACUUACUGGAGUUCAGAAACAAAGAAACGGAUAACAAAUCAACUGGGGAUAAAGUUGAACUUGAUCAAGCUUUGAGAGAAUUAGAUGUUAUGACUUCGAAAUUUUCUGAAACUCACAAUACAGAUUCAUUUUUAACAAGAGCAUCCGUGAUAAGAGCAACUACGGAUUCACCAAUGAGUCCGCCUCCCGCUUCAAAAGCAACAUCUCCUCUUUUAAUGAACUCCCGACAAAAUCGUACGACUGCGGGUAUCAGUAUUUAUUCAGGACCAAGAACAUUAAUGGAUCUUUGGCUGAGCAAAAUCUCGGCCGAUAGUAAGAAUUCUAAAGAUAAACGACCGGAUUUCUACGGUCGAUUAAAUGCAUCAGGUCCAAUAGCUACUUUAUAUCCAAACUUGGUAAAAGACGAUCGGGAAAGAAAUAAUAGAACGGAGGAUAUGAUUAUCGAAUAA